UGAUUUCGAGAUCGUGAGUGAGUGAACUUCUGGUUUAUUAUUUGAAUAAGAAUUUUUUACUUGCUGAUUGCGUUAAUAUUUAUAAUCUAUUUGAUUAAUCAAAGAGAGUGUUGUUAUGAAUUGGUUAUUUUUAAGCAUAUAACAUAAUAUUUUUAAAAAUUAUUUUAUUGCUUUCAGUUUUAGAUUGAAAAUGUCAAGUUUAAAUGUUUUCCACUCCAGAGAAGCGAUUCGUGUCAAAGUUAAAAAAUGUGAAGGACUGCUUGCUCCUGAGUAUAGAAGAUUCAGUGUUGAUCCACAAAUUACUUCUUUUGAAGUUUUGCAGAGUUUAUUAGCUCGUGCAUUUGAUAUUAAAGGUGAAUUCUCUAUAAGCUAUUAUGCUAGAGAUGAGGAGGGUAAAGAUACUUAUCUGUCUUUAUUAUCUGACUGGGAUUUAGAUGCUGCAUUUUUAGGAUCUUCUGAUCCAUGUUUACAGUUGAAAGUAGAUUUAAAACCCUUUGAAGAAGGCUUAGAAGACUGGGAUGUCGUGGCACCCAAUGACAUAAAUCGCAGCAACAAUACAGGCUUCAUAUUGGAUCGAUCUUCGAUUACUGGUACAAUUCUUAAUCAUGUGGAGAAGACAUUUAAUAUGGUCCAGAGAGCUUUAAAUCUUUCUGAUGGAGAUAGUGAAGUUGAAAGUUUCAAACCAGUGAAGCAGCCAAUGGUAGACUCAGAAUUUCAUAUAUACUUAGAUGGAGAGGGACGUUUAGUGAAGCCCAGGGAGCUGCGACUAUCAGUUUAUCAAAGAGGGAUUGAUCCUUCAUUAAGAAAGGUAGUUUGGAAACAUAUUUUGAAUGUCUAUCCUUAUGGUUUGUCAGGUAAAGAAAGAAUUGCAUACAUGAAGCAACGUUCUUUAGAGUAUCAAAAAUUAAGACAAACAUGGCAAGACAUGAUUGCUAAUGGAAAUUUGACUGAGGAAAUUCAAUAUGUGACAAAUAUGGUUAGAAAAGAUGUUCUACGUACAGAUCGCACUCAUAGAUUUUAUGCUGGUUCAGAUGACAACAAAAAUGUUGUUUCGCUUUUUAAUAUUUUGACAACAUACGCAUUGAAUCACCCUAGUGUAUCUUAUUGUCAGGGUAUGAGUGAUUUAGCAUCCCCUAUUUUAGUAACUAUGAAAGAUGAGGCGCAUGCUUAUACUUGCUUCUGUGCUUUAAUGCAAAGACUGAAACCUAAUUUUCAUCUAGAUGGCAAAGCAAUGACAGCUAAUUUUCAACAGUUAACUGAACUUCUUGAACAUUAUGAUCCUCAUUUUUUUGAAUAUCUUAAAACUCAAGGAGCUGAUGAUCUUUUAUUUUGUUAUCGUUGGUUGUUAUUGGAACUGAAAAGAGAAUUUGCGUUUGAUGAUGCCUUGUCUAUGUUAGAAGUAUUGUGGAGUUCUAUUCCUCCCUCACCUCCUGAGAAAGAAUUAUCAAUGUAUGAAGAACUUUUUUCUUCGAAUACAUUUCGCCCUCAAUCUCCUCGAAUACACAGUAGAGAAAAUCCAUACACAAAAGUACGCGCAAUUAGAAAACAAAAUUCUGCUUCAUCAAUUCGGGGCUUAAUCAAAAGUAAUAGUAGAGAACUUGAAGAAUCAAAUGAAGAAAAGCAUGUUGAAUAUUCUCCCAAUGGAGAUGUAGAAGUCAACCCCCCAUGCACAUCCCAAGAAGAAAGCACAUUAUCACUAAGUCGUAAAAAUAGUGUUACAGAUAUAAGUACAGAUGAUUCUCAAGAUUAUUUGCCAAUGACUACAUCAAUGACUCGAGAAUUAAGGAUGGAACUAGAAAAUUUAAACAGACAGCUUCCUGGUUCAUUUCUUCAUAGAUCAAUUACCAUUGAUUCUGAGGACUUAGACUCUCCCCGUUCACCAGAUUGUUUUGAUUCAAAUAGGGAAAAUUUGAGACAUUCUCAAUAUACUAACAAUAUUGAUUUAGCUGUCACUGAUGAAGCUGCUGAAAGUUGGACAAGUGAUGAUUUAUCUGGUAUUGACCAGAUUUGUAGAGUGGGCUCUAGAAAAGGUCAAAAGCACCCAGAAUAUUUACAUUUAAAUGGUAGUGAAGGAGGUGAGGAUUCCAAUUACUGCUGUACUCCAGAUGAACAAUUUGAUUUAGAUCUUGACAUUCAAACCAAAUCUAAUUCUGAUAUUCCUUGUAAUGGAGAAAUUUUAGAAAAUGAAGAAUCUGAAGAUAAAGAUGGUUGUGCCUGCCACUUAAAAUCAGUUAUUCCUAUUAGACUUGUUCAUAGCCCAGGUAUUGAUAACAGAUUUCAAAGACAUGACAGUGAUAGCUCUGAUUCACUUUCUGAAAGUUGCCCUGGAAGAAUUGAAAGUGAUCAAGAAACUUUGCCUUUAAAUAGUCAAAAUUCCACUUACAUACCUAAAUCUAGUUUAUCUAAAGAAUGUAGUGAAAAGUUCAAUAAGAGAAAAACUAGUGGCAUUUUUCAAGAUUCUAGUGAUGCUAUGACAAAUUCUUGCAUUGAAGCUCUGGAAUAUAGUGGAAAGUGUCAAAAAGUUUCUCUUCCUCCACCAUAUGAACUUGGAGGAGGCAAUCCUUUCAUGUUGUUUUUGUGCCUCACACUUUUACUUCAACAUCGUGAUGUAAUAAUGAAAAGUCGAAUGGAUUAUAAUGAGUUAGCAAUGCAUUUUGAUAAAAUGGUGCGUAAGCAUAAUGUUCAUCGAGUCUUGCACCAAGCUAGAUCUAUGUUUAGAGAAUAUUUGCAAAUGAGUUGUCAAGAAAAGGACUCUGAUCCAUAUGUUUGAUAUUUCAAUAAAAAUCUGUAGAUGUAAAACAAAUCAGUAUUACACCUAUGAUUACAUGGAUUUAGGCGGUGCAUUCCAAAUAAAUGCAAUUUUUACAGUAAACUUAAACUGUUAAGAAAUACGAAUUUAUUUUACAUGAUGCUACAAAAAACAUUUUCCCUCUUUUAAAUUGUAGAUAUUAAGUUUGUUACUAUUAUGAAAUAAAUUAUCUAAUUACUGAGGGUGUUACUUAAAGGAUAUCAGAAUAAAAACAAUUAAUUAAAAAUUGGUAUUUAAACAAAAAAGAAUUUAAAUAAGGAUUUUCAGGGAUUUGUUUACUCUAAAACAGAUUUAUACAAAUUCUUUAAUUUCAUUUUUUGAGUUAAAAAAUUUAAAUUAACUCUCUUUUGUAUUGCUAAGAUUUUUGAUUGAGUAAAAGCAUUUUAAAUACCAAUUUUAUAUGUUAGUCAUUUCAAUCCAAUGUGUUAUCAUUAUAAAAUAAACUUGUCACAUUCUGUAUUAAGGGGAUGAUAUUUAAAUAAAAGCAAGUCAUUAAAUUUGUAUUCUAAAGAAAAAAAAAUCCUCUGUGUAAAAAAAACAUUUAGAGGAAUUCUGAACAAGUUUAGUAGUUAAGUAGCACAUUUAACUGUACUUAAUCUUUUAAUUUCAUCAUCCUACUUGUGAAAUGCUUUCCAUGUCUAUAAUGAAAAUGUUUGUAUUCUAUUUAUUCAAAUUAUAUUGUUCAUUAACUAUUUUUUUAACAUUAAUUAUUCAAAUUAUAUGAUUUACAUUUAUUUACAAGUCCUCCUUUUACUUGUUUAUCUAGUCACAAUUUUAUAUAUAUGCUCUAGUUUUGUUUCUUCACUUAAAACCUUAAAAAUAUUGAAGCAUUUAUUUUAUCUAUGUUACAAAUAGUGUCUGUAAAUAUACUAUUGGUUAACAAUAUAAGAUUCUUUGUAACUCUUGUAUUUCAAUUAUCUUGAUUAAGGUGCCUGAAACAUAAUUUUUUAUUAACAUUUUCUACCAAAUUAUCAUCAGGGAUAGCAGAUGCAACAAAAUUCCAUAAAGGCAGGAAUAAAAGAGAAACAUGUUGAAACUAAUUGUUAAUACACCCAUAAAAGUGCAAUCUUAAUAACUGCAUCCACAAGCUCCCAUGCUCCAACAUUCUAUUCUAAAUGCUAAACAUUUAAAUCCAGUUUAGUGGUAAAUUAACUGAGUCUACUCUUAAGGUAAGAUGCUUGAAUUAUCCACAUUAGAUUUAAAUCCUUGUCCUUUUAAUUGCAUAUAAAGAUAUGUUUAAUGCAAAAACUGCAUGCAGUCUUUUUUUUGUGUGUGUGUGUAUUUAGUUAAUAUUGUGAGAAAUCUUGUUUGCGUUUGGCAACUUAAUAGUGUAUUAUUACAAAGGUUGUUAAUUUAGGGAACUAAGGUAAAUGAAGAAUACUAUCUUAAAUUGGAUAGCAAUUCUGAAGACCGAAAAAAAUUUAUUU